AAUAUCGCCCCUGCGCCUUGCUCUCUUCACCAUCCUGAACUGAAUUGCCUGCACCUAGCCACAUCAUAUAUUCAGAGAGAGAGCUGAGAGAGCAGUACAAGAGUGUAUACUACACUUAGCAGCUCAUCAGUUAUUAGUUCACUAGUUCAGCCACUGACCAUCGAAUCAAUUCAGGUGAGAUAAUCUUGAGAUAGAUAUACGGCCAUGUCGAGGGUGCUGGAGCCUCUCAUUGUGGGGAAGGUGAUCGGCGAGGUGCUGGACAACUUCAACCCCACGGUGAAGAUGACGGCCACCUACGGCGCCAACAAGCAGGUGUUCAACGGCCACGAGUUCUUCCCCUCCGCCGUCGCCGGCAAGCCGCGCGUCGAGGUCCAGGGCGGCGACCUCAGGUCCUUCUUCACAUUGGUGAUGACUGACCCUGAUGUGCCAGGGCCUAGUGAUCCAUACCUGAGGGAGCAUCUUCACUGGAUUGUUACUGAUAUUCCUGGGACUACUGAUGCCUCUUUUGGGAGGGAGGUGGUGAGCUACGAGAGCCCGCGGCCAAACAUCGGCAUCCACAGGUUCAUCCUGGUGCUGUUCCGGCAGAAGCGCCGGCAGGCGGUGAGCCCGCCGCCGUCGAGGGACCGCUUCAGCACCCGCCAGUUCGCCGAGGACAACGACCUCGGCCUCCCCGUCGCCGCCGUCUACUUCAACGCGCAGCGCGAGACCGCCGCUCGCCGCCGCUAAUGGCUACCGACGACGGCGACGACGACGACGACCCUGACACCGCGACGACCGAUCUUGCAUGGACAAAACAAUAUAAUCGAGCUUAAUUAAUUACUACUACUUCUACUGGCAUUUUCUAUUAGUUUUCCUAUUUCCCCUACAUUAAUUUCACUGUCAAAUAAGGCACACUGUGAUUAGCUGCAGCUAGCUAGCUUUGCUCGUGUGUGUGAGCUAGCUAGCUCGUAGCUACAGGGCAGGCCUACAGACUACCAGUUCGUGCUUGUUUGCAUGCACAUUAUCAGAUUAUCCUAGUUGAUUUGUGAAUUAAUCAAGGUGAUCAUAGGAUUGUGAGUGAGCAAUCGCAAUCGCAAUGUGCAAGCUAUGGUUGACUAGCAGCAGUGAGAGAUCUCUAGCUAGCUACACUAGUUGAAGCAAUGGCCAUCCAUGGCAGGAGAGUCCUAGCAUCCCCCCUGCAUAUAUGCCUACCUACUAUUCAACUGCUGUUCUUCGAUUCAAUUCGCUGGUGCUUGCAGUGUACUUUGUUUGAUCCUGUGAUCACUACUUCUUGCCACUUGUUUUUGUAAUCCGAUCGGUGUCACUUUUUCUGUA